UGUCAGUAAUGCCGUUUCUUAUUGUUUGCUAACGAGGGCCUUGUGUUUUUUCGUCCUCUGUAAAACAUACCCUCGACUAUUGAAUGAUUUCCCCCCGUUAAUGUAAGAAUACGUUAUAGGGCAAUCAGUGCGUUAUAAUAGAGGGCAUAUGAAGUGUGUUGAUUGCUCACUAUUUGGCAGCUGGACGAUGUACGCGCGCACGCGCAGCAAGGCGCUCUCCGCUGUGACUGGUGCUGAAACGUCAAUAUGAGGAACAGCUCUGUGCAGCUGCUGCUAGCUGCAACAAAGCAUUGUGAUAGGGAGGGCUUUAAAAAGAGAUAUUUAGAUAAAAGCGAAUACAACUCUGUACAAUAUUGAAGAUGACAUCAUCUCAACUACAAGGACUGAACUCACAAAGACUUGAUGUAGCUUAGUCAUCAGCAAUAACAAUACAAUAAUAAUAACAGAUUAUGCUAAAUUCAACAAUAUUAAGUACAAGUAAUAGAUGUGGAGAGGAAAUAGGAUUUAAAAAGCACUGCUUCUUCCUACUCCUUUUCGGACAUGGUGAGUUGUCCAAAUGAAACCACAUUAUGUUUCCUUCAUGUAAAUCGUUGAGCGUGUCUGAAACAAAUAAACCAUACCAAACAGUACGGGAGGUCGGCGGUUUACGAACAAGUUCUGUUCCUACAACGCAUUGAAAGUAGAUUUUUAGUGUAAAUCGGAACGUAUAUCUAAAUUUUACCUAAAUUGACACCUUAGUCCUAAAACACAUAAAGGACAUAUAAAGAUGAAAUACAAAACUAAAUGAAACAGUCAUGAAAAAACAUGCAAGUUAUCACUGAUGAUUUCAUAGGCACAGAUCCCUUCACAUGUUCAAGGAUACGAUCUUUAUUCUUGAUGGUGGUCGUGGCUGUCGAGUGGCUCGGACCAGUCUUAGACAACACCACCACCAGUGCUGAUCUGUGUUUCUCCCUGUUAUCUUUUUUGCGAUGUCUGGUUUCACUUCCAAAGUGGCUGAUUUUCUUUUCUUUGGCACACUAUUCUGCACUCUGCGUUUGGAGACACGAUGAAGGGCAGGAGGUUGGUUGGGAGAGCGUUCUUCCGCCGUGUGCAUGUAAUUAGUUCUUGAGCGAGUCUUGUAUUUACGAACCUAACCGCUUAAAAAACUAAGUUUGUAAGUAAUUUACGAAAGUGCAUCGUAACUACGAAUCAUAACACAAAACAUCAUAAACGGAGGACCGCUUGUAUUUGACACUAUGUUGUCCCUGUGCUUUUGUGGGUUGUGUUCAGGUGCUGUAAAGUGUGUCCCUAGGGUUUACAUCUGUGGGUUGGACGUAUAUUGUGACGGACACCAACAAAACACAUGCUCAUUUGCUUUGCUGAGUCAUAGAAUGACUGUAAUGAAAUCACAUCUGUUAUACAGUAUAUGAUAACCGCUGCCUUUCAUAAUAUAAAUCAGUAGAAAUGCUCCAGGUCAUUUUCUGUGACAGCAUAACUGUGCUGCAGUGCAUAAGGCAUGGUACUAAUAGCCUUGGAUAAAUCUGAUGUAAAACAAGCAAUUCAAUAACUACAUUUGAUUUUAAAUCUCCCUUUGCGGAAAUGGAUCAAUACAUUUUUUAUGCUAUGAUGGAACAUAUGAGAUAAUUAGCUCUGAGAAAAUAAACUAGGUAGACUAAGGGGCUGCCAGAUGUGAACUGAGAACAUUUGGUAGCCUGAAGGGAGACCACCUGAGGGUAUCAGCUGCAUGGUAAGAGCAGGAAGAGGGUUGUUUGUGGCUAUACACAGGAACAAUGCCUCUCUAUGCAUAUCAUUUCAAAGAAGAAUGAAAUGAAAGAGUUUACACUGAUAUAUUCAUCCUUUUCAGUAUGGCAUAUGAGGCAGGCAUAUGAACCGGGCUGCCUUUACAAUACUUAAAAUAGUAAUAAAAUAGUCAGAAGAACAAGCAUGUUGCUCUUCUCUUUGUAAAGAAGCAGGGCUCCAUGCACAAAUGCACAAACUGCCUCGGUGAAGGCAGCAUCAAAGCUUUAUGAAUGGAUCGCUAUGCUCAUGAGCAUGUUAGCUGAGCUGGGCAGAAAGCUUGCUUGCUUGAGCCCUAUGGCCAAGCAGGUUUAAAUUUGGAAACCUUUUUGCUAAUUACAUAGCUGCAUGCAGCACAAUCUGUUGGUGGUGUAGCAGCUUCCACCACUCAGCUAAUCAAGUUGAUGGGCUGGCUGCUCUGAGAUUCUAAUCACAUUGAAAGUGUUCUGAAAUAACUUGUGUGUCCUUGCAGUAAGUGUUAUUAUACUGUUCUGGAGGGGCUGACUACAUAUAUUUUUAGAAGUUUUGUCACAAAAAUAUCCUCUUUAUAGAGAUCCAGCUAUGGGGAGGCAUAUUCAGUACUGCUGCUGAGGUUUGCUGUACAUCCGAUGGACUUUGACGACGGAGAUGUGCACAUGUCGUCCCACGAGCAUCGCUUUCGUUUGUUCAGCUCCGUGGAGUAUGAAGGGCAGGUGUACAUGACUCCUCAGAAUUUCAUUGAGUCUGUCACCAUGAGCGAGCCAAGGAACAAGAGGCCCUGGAGGUCCCUGACCAAACAGGAGCUGGAGAAAAUCCUAUCAGACACACCCCCUGUAUGGAGAGGAUCUUCCAAAUUGUUCCGCAACUUGAGAGAACGAGGUAUCAUCUCAUACACAGAGUACCUGUUCCUGCUCUGCAUUUUAACGAAGCCCCAUGCUGGCUUUAAGAUUGCAUUCAAUAUGUUUGAUGCAGACGGCAACCAGAUGGUGGACAAGAGGGAGUUUUUGGUGCUUCAGGAGAUCUUCCGGAAGAAAAAUGAGAAGAAAGGAAGGAAAGGGGAUGCUGAGAAGUCUGCGCAGCUGAGUAUGCAGCUGUAUGGAUAUCAGGUUGCCCCCAUGAACAGCGUGCUUAAAAAAGACAGUCAAGAGUUUGUGGCACGGAGUUACUGGGAUGUUCUGAGGCGAGGUGCCAGCCAAAUCCUCUUUUCUGACCUGGCAGAGCGUGCAGAUGAGAAUAUAACCAUUGACACCACCCUGCUGGUCCACUUCUUUGGGAAGAAAGGGAAGGCUGAGCUCACUUUUGAUGACUUUUACAGGUUCAUGGAUAAUCUCCAGACUGAAGUGCUGGAGAUUGAAUUUUUGACCUACUCUAAAGGGAUGACCACCAUCAGUGAAGAAGACUUUGCCAAGAUCCUCUUGCGCUUCACCAAUGUGGAGAAUAUUGGUGCUUACCUGGAAAACGUCAGACACAGCAUACCCGAUGAAAAGGGAAUCACGUUCGAUGAGUUCCGAUCCUUCUUCCAGUUUCUCAACAACCUCGAGGACUUUGCCAUUGCCAUGCAGAUGUACAAUUUUGCUGCUCGCUCAAUCGGACAAGAUGAGUUUGCAAGGGCAGUGUAUGUGGCCACAGGUCUAAAGCUGACACGUCACUUGGUCAACACUAUCUUCAAGAUCUUUGAUGUUGAUCACGAUGACCAGCUGUCUUACAAGGAGUUCAUUGGCAUCAUGAAGGACCGGCUGCACAGAGGAGCCAGGAUGAAGAGGCGAUACCACACAUCCUUGAUACCUCUGAGGCCAAGAGAGAGCGAACUAGGAGAGACACCACGUGUUGAGACGAGCAAUUCAGGCCGACAAAUGGAGGACCAUUAAUAAACUAAGUGGCUUUACAACAGGAACAACAUGAACAUUUCAACAGUCGAAGGACAAACAAUAUAACCUGAGAAAAAGCGUCAAUAUAUAUUAGUUAUUUAUGAUGUUGCGUAUGCAUAUAAUAAUACAGUCAUAUUAUAUUCCUGAGCGCUAUUUAUUACCUCAUCUCAUGGCAUGUAAUUACAGCUCAAUUUAAUAAUACAUUAUAUUGUUUGCUUUUAAUCGAUUUUAUGCGCAGAGAGAGAAUGCUCAUGUAAAAUUGCCACCCUAUGUUUGAUGUAAUAAAAUACCAAUUGUUAGAUUAGGUGCAUAUUUCAUUGACAUUUAUAUAGAAAUGUUCUUCUUGAAGUGUGAAAGAAUAUUUCCAAGGUAAUAAA